AUGACGGCCGGCCUCCAGGCCGAGGGCGCGGACCUCGACCCCGCCUCCGCGCGGCUGCCCUCCCGGCUGGCCAAGCUGCUGUCGGCGCUUUUCUACGGGACUUGCUCCUUCCUCAUCGUGCUGGUCAACAAGGCACUGCUGACCACCUACCGAUUCCCAUCACCAAUUUUUCUUGGAAUUGGGCAGAUGGCAGUGACCAUAAUGAUACUGUAUGUAUCUAAACUAAAUAAACUAAUUCAUUUCCCUGAUUUUGACAAGAAAAUUCCUGUGAAGCUGUUUCCUCUGCCUCUCCUCUACGUUGGAAACCACAUAAGUGGAUUAUCAAGCACAAGUAAAUUAAGCUUGCCGAUGUUCACCGUGCUCAGGAAAUUUACCAUUCCACUCACUUUACUCCUGGAAACCAUCAUACUUGGGAAACAGUAUUCCUUGAGCAUCAUCGUCAGUGUUUUUACCAUUGUGCUUGGUGCUUUCAUAGCAGCUGGUUCUGACCUCGCCUUUAACUUGGAAGGCUAUAUUUUUGUAUUCCUGAAUGAUAUCUUCACAGCAGCAAAUGGAGUUUAUACCAAACAGAAAAUGGACCCCAAGGAGUUGGGGAAAUAUGGAGUGCUUUUCUACAAUGCCUGCUUCAUGAUUAUACCGACUCUUAUCAUUAGUGUCUCUACCGGAGACCUUCAACAGGCUACUGAAUUCAAUGAAUGGAAGAAUGUUCUCUUUAUCAUACAGUUUCUUCUUUCCUGUUUUUUGGGGUUUCUGUUGAUGUACUCCACAGUUCUAUGCAGCUUUUACAAUUCGGCCCUCACAACAGCAGUGGUUGGAGCCAUCAAGAAUGUAUCCAUUGCCUACAUUGGAAUGUUAGUUGGUGGAGACUAUAUUUUCUCUAUGUUAAACUUUGUAGGGUUAAAUAUUUGCAUGGCAGGGGGCUUGAGAUACUCCUUUUUGACUCUGAGUGGCCAGUUGAACCCUAAACAACCCGUGGACGAAGAAAACAUUCCUCAGGAUUUGAAGAGUUACAAUCUGAGGCAAGAUUGCAGACCAGGACCAUAGGCGGGGCGGGGUGCGGUGGGACUGGGGGGCAGGGCGGGGGGCAGGGCAUCCCAGCUGUAGGAACCGGAAGCCAGA